CAGCGAGCCAGUAUCAUAAUUUACCGAGUGUCUGUCUGGGCCCGCGGACGGACGCUGUUCAGCCGGGUUAAAUACUGACGCUCCAGCUUCGGGAGAAACGCUUGUUGUUUUUUGCGGCCACAUUCUGAAUGUUUGUAAAGCGAAAGCCUGCCCCUUCCCCCGCCUCCAGGCAAACGACAGGAGGGCAGAGACAGGAAAACAGCCAGCCGAGCGAAUAGUUUUGUUUUGAACAGGCAUUGUAGUGAGAGCUAACUUUUGUGGAGCUCAGAAAGGCUUAGCUAACCACUAGCUUCAAAUAAAACAGCGCGACGAAAGCCAUUAAGGCGCUUCUUGUGGACCUGAUAACGUCAGCUUGACAAAUAUGGUGAUUUUGUCAUCCGCAAUAAGACCUCUCGCUACCAAGCUAAACCGACAGCUCGUCAGACAUGCCAAGAGUCAACGGAUAACGCCAGUCAGGAGAUGCAACCUCACUGCCUGCUCAAGCAAAUAUGUGCUGUCGCAGAUGCAUCCCAUGUGGCAGGGACCCCUCGCGGUACCAGGAGGUGAGCGUCAGUCCCCGAUCGACAUCGCUGUGCGAAAGAGCGUCUUUGAUUCGGAGCUGAAGCCUCUGGUCACAGAUUACGACCCGCACACCUGCCAACAGAUCUGGAACAACGGCUACUCCUUUCUGGUCGAGUAUGAUGACACUACAGACAAGUCCACGCUGAAAGGGGGCCCCCUGCAAGACAGAUUCAGGUUGUGCCAGUUCCACUUCCACUGGGGUGAGAGCAACGCCUGGGGGUCAGAGCACACCGUGGACAGGAGGCUGUUCCCUGCAGAGCUCCACUUGGUCCACUGGAACUCUGACAAGUACAGUUUGUUCGAGGAGGCAGUGAUGGAGGAGAAUGGACUGGCUGUUAUUGGAGUCUUUCUUAAGGUGGGGAAGAGACAUGAGGGGCUGCAGAAAUUGGUAGAUGCUCUGCCUGCUAUCAGACACAAGAGCAGUGUAGUGGAGUUUACCAGGUUCGACCCUGUCUGUCUGUUGCCUAGCAACACCGAUGACUACUGGACCUACAACGGCUCUCUGACAACACCCCCUUUGACCGAGUCCGUCACCUGGAUCAUUAUGAAGCAGCAUAUAGAAGUCAGCCACGACCAGCUGGCUGUCUUCCGGAGCCUUCUGUUUACAUCUGCUGAGGAGGAAAUACAGAAGAGUAUGGUGAACAACUUCCGUGUGCAGCAGUCUCUCUGCGGUCGCACCGUCCGCUCUUCCUUCACUCCUUUCCUACAGGAGGCGCCGUCGGCUGAAGACGACAAACCCACCCACUGACAACGCUGGACCCAGUACACACAGUAACGCACACCAUGACCACUGGUACACACAGUGACCAUACCAAAACUGCCUUCACUCUGUAUUCAACUGCCCACACUCUUCUUCUGUUUUAAUUAGAAACUGUAAAGCGUUUCUGGGUAGUUGAGAUUUUUAAUUUCUGUGGAUUUUGGGAAUUGAAGACAAAUAACCAAUAAGGGAUGUUUGCUGUGUGGAAAAUAUGUAGUUUUACUAACUUUCUUAACAGGAAUUGUAUUUCUGCUAAGCUGAAGUGAAAACUCAACAGCACUGUGUGCUGGCCACAGUGCUACAGCUGAUGUUUUCAUUCACAUUAGCUGCUGCUGGUUUACAGCAGAAAGCCCAGGAGAUUAUAACAGACUGGAGUUAUCACCUUGGAAGUGUGUCUCUCCAGUAGAAUACAUAAUAUAUCAAAUAGUCUAUCUAAUUUCAUCAAGGGCAUCAUCAUUCUAACCAUCUAUACAUUAUUAAGAUGAUUAGAAUGUAUAUUUUUUGUUCUGUUCUGUUACAAAAAGAUUAUUCUAUAUGCAUUACAUCUGACAUUCAGAAGCCUUCAAAAAUCCCUCUCAUACAGUAAAAUAUUAAAGAAACUCUACUGAGCCUUAGGUCUUCUUCUCAAAACUAUUAAUAUGUUACUAAUAAAGACAAACAUCCAUGGUUACUGUAGCAGCACAUACAUGCAUUUUAAGAAUAUUUUGAUUGAAGGAAGAAGUCUUUCUUUCAUCCGUUUUAAGUAACAUAACCACCACAGUGCCUUUUAAUAUUAUCUGUGUGAAUCAACACACAUGGACUCAGUCAAGUUUAUGACUCGGCAGUCAAAACUUUCAUUUAGAAUUGCCAACGGACAAAUUACAGACAUGGCAGAUUUGCAGGGGAUUAAGAUUACAGACAACCUCUGCAAUAAUUACGUAAAUUACUAGAGGUACCCAAGUAAUACUAGUCCCGUGCAAAUAGGGCAUACAAUGAAAGUAACGUAUUUAGACAAAUCUAAAGCUGCGGUGCCGCUGCAAAAUAGGCUCCGGCGAAUUUUCUGGCGGCACCGGAUAUGGACUAGACAUAUUGUACAGUAAUGUAGAAUCUCUGAACUAAUCUAAACUACAUCUACGUUAUUCAAUUUUCAAAUUAGGUUAGAACACACAAAUGAUACUACCAUGUACAGCUGUGGUAGACUCAUAAGGUUAUUGUUGUUGUUGUUAUUGUUAUUAUUGUUAUUAUUAUUAUUAUAGAGGAGACUUUCUAAACAAGCUGGAUUGAAACAGCGGGACCAACUGACUACAACAGCAUGGUGCAUCACAUUGCCUUUCUAGCACUGUCUAACAACACGUUGAUAUUGGCUUUCACUAUUGAGCUGACGUCCUGACGUCAUGUCCGGGCUAGCCUUUGUUUCUCUAGCCUCUGUAACUCAAUGCGAUCUCUCAUUCAGAAAUCCUUUCAUCCGUCUUUCUGAGAGAACUGAAGCUUGUUCCUAGGCUUUACUUUCCAUAUUCUCCAGUCAAAUUGGCAUCCACUGCGUCAGCUGCUGUUAGAAAUCUAAGCCUUUGUGAUUCUAAUGAAGCUAAACAACUUGCGGGGACAGAAAAAAACAACUACAGCUUGCAACACAAUUUACAGUCACAGGACUAGCACAAGGACUUACGUCAUCGUGCGUUGGUUUCAUUCCUCUCCAAAAAAAAUCAGCUAAGCUCUCUUCUAAAGUAAUUUUUCCAAUUUUAUGGCUGUAAUCUGUGCUGUCUAAAAUAGGGGUUGACCAAUACUUGUUUUUCAGCGCCGAAAUCAAUACUGAUUAUUAUAUUUGGAACCAAUAUGCAUUCACAGUAAAAAUGGAUAUAUUUUAGUCAAAAUUAACAUUUUGGAAUGUUACAAAUUUGAUCACACAUAAGUUUGUUUAAAUGCUUUAAGAAAUUAUUUAAUAAAACGUAAACUCUAAACCUAAUACGCAGUCAAAAAUGACUGAAUAAAUACAUACACAAACAGGUUCCUGAAAUGUAAACAUGCUUACAGUUUGUUUGCAAUACAGAUAAUCUACAAAUUGCCAAACAUUGAUAAUUGGUCGAUCCCUAGUCUAUAAUUUCUUACAGGAUUCACCUCUCUUCACUGUUACUGCAGACAUGUCUGACCUAAAGGCUUAUGGGGAAUGGUGUUUUUUUAAAGGCCACUGUAAACCAGAGAUAUUAAAUAAACAAUGAUAUUAGGACCCUAUUCAGAGCUUUAGGAGUUCUACACUUCAGGUAAAUAAAGCACUUCUCUGUGUGCUUUUAAAGGAAAUCCAACAACACUGCACACACAGUGCAGAUGAGGAUUUUGUAAUCAAGAGCUAGAUUAUGCAACCUUGCAUCAUAUAAAGAAGCCUGGCGGUCUGCCUGUGUGGCUUACGUCCAGCAGUUGUGGUACACUGGGUGAAAAAGAAGGAGAGGUUUGAGAAAAAAGGGGGGAAGAGAUGUAGGAGGACAGAUAAAAGGUUUGGGGGAAGAGCAAUAAAAGUUCUGAUUUUGACACACGUGAUGAACUGUUAGUCUCUCAGGCAUGUCUGAUUUUACUUUCAAAAACAACAAUAUAAUUUCACUACGAACCAGGAAAGCAGGGGUCACGGCUGUCUAUGUAAUCCUUGAGGAAGAAUGUAACUGUCCAAACUUUAGAAAUAGUUGUUCCUCCCCUCAUGCAUGGACGCUCACAUCAGGCAUACCCACCCUGUUCCCCACUGGCUUCCCAGGGGAGGCCCAGCAUGUAGCCACACACUGAAUAGACUAACUGAAUAUGUAUUGAGAAAAUCCGACGCUAUGCAACGUGCUUUGAGUGAUGUUAAUUUGUGGUGAAGGCCGCAGAUUUUGCUGGAUAAAAUGCCGAAGGAGUACAAUUGGUGUGGGAGUUGAUGAUGUGCUGCAGCAACACUUUAAAAUGUUGCAUGGUUGUUGAUGCAAUUCAGAAUCUAUGUUAAAAGUAUUAUACAAACGUGACGACCAGGAACCCAGUACUGCCUUCAUCUUGUACCGCUGUAUUUGAAUUGUGUACCAUGAUCUGCCUUCAUUUGUCAUGGCAUUUACUCAUGUUAAUUUUCCUUUUUUAUGCUUUUUUAAAAUGAAAAAGUCGGUCCAGUCUGUGAAAAAUGUCUGUCCACCCACCAUUUUCUGUCAAAUAUGUCAGUAAUAUGGCUUCACAAAACAUUUAAGGAUGACUGUUCAGAGUUGGUUCCUAAUUAGAUUUUUUUGCAUCAGUUACGUCUUCUAAAGUUUCAAAUCUCCCUGUUCUUGCAUCUUUUUAUUUCAUCUUUUCAUGACUUGUAUCACUGUCUGCCUUUCUAAACAUGAAAGUAUAACAGAAUGCUGUCAUCAUGCUGAAUUUUUUUCAUGAUGUUUUAUGCUAAAUCUUUCCUUGCCUCCUGUAGCUCAGUGUGAUGUUUUAGCAGGUGUAUGUUUUAAAUUGUAUGUCGUACAUAUUUUAGCUGUUUAUUUGUCCAGUGGGCAGCCGACAUUCCUGCCCUGCAGGGCUUCACUAGGCCCCUCUGCCCUACUAGCAUGCUUUGCUCCUGGAUGGUUUCUUAUAGUGUGUAGCUGCGCCCAGCUAUGCAACCAGGGUGUGUGUUUUGCUGGAGUGGGGAUGUAGAAAACCUUCAAAAGUGUGACAUGACAUAGAUGUAAAGAGGAUUUAAAAAAGACUAAUGUAUUAAUAGAUGUAUAUCAAUAAAGUAAUGUGGGUUGUAAACAGAA